AUGAAUUCAUCUACUCAUAAAGGCCAUAGCAGGCAGUCUUACAAUUUGCUUCCUAGGCCGGAUUCGUUUAUAGAGGUCAGUGACGAAGACGAUACCUCUUUUGAACCAAUGCCUGGUCAUCCAAAUCCAACUUAUGAGACACCCAGUGGCAUUUACAAGCAGUCACCGAACAGCGAAGAUUCUAAUAGCCCACCUCCUCAAACUUUCCUUUCCGAGGAUAAUCCAUCAACGGCGUCUACCAUACCUUCUAUAUCUUUCACUCCUGGUGGCUCCCCAGCUCAAGGCUUUGCGCAGUCCUUCUACCAGUUUCAAAAUGCAUCUGCAUCUUCUCUUCAGGCUCCAAGACGUGGUAGAAAUCAUGUUCGUACAGGUAGUAGUGCGUCAACUCAUUAUGUCCCCACAAACGCUCUUUUUCCGCGCUCACCUCCUCUGGACCGUGGCUCUCCGGUCAGAUCCCUUUCUCCUCAAGUCGUGCAGUCAGAUACUACCAAAAUAGAUGGAGCUAUUGCUUCUGCGGGUUCUACUCCUUUUACUUUUGGUUCAGGUUCUCUUAAUGGCUCGGCACCAUUGCCCAAGCCCUCUCAUAGAAGAGGCCACCACUAUAAGCACUCCUCCGUCUCCAUGAACAUGUUUCAACAACCUGAACGCAAGGAGCCUGCCGAAGAACUUCCUCUCUAUCCUGUUCCAACGAUAACUGAUGUUCUUUCUGGUAUAACUACCUCCCAGAGGCUCAAACUCGCCUGGUGCGGGAUGCAAUUGGGCCUUGCAACGCUUUGCUGUUGUCUAGGUUUUCAGUACGGUAAUAUUUGUUUAAGCACGCUCUCUCAUGUGGUUUUUUACGAUGCUUUUGGAAAUCUUCUUUCUGUUGUGGUUCUUAUUCUGACCAAUUUCGUGGUCUGGAAGAGCUCCUCUCUCAAAUAUCCAUUUGGCCUAGGAAGAAUCGAGGUUUUGGUUGGCUUUGGACUCUCAAUUUCGAUGGUUUUUGUCGGGGUCGACUUGCUGUCCCAUGUUAUUGAAGAGGUUAUUAUAGAUACGGCUUCAGUGGCUGGAACACAGGAUUAUGCUGCUGGUCCCCCUAUCUCCUUGCAUCACAUACAUGAAACCAAAGAAGGUCCUCAGCUCAAUGCGAUACUCUACGAGUGUCUCAUCGCUCUUGUAGUGUUUGUGAGUGUUUUUUCUUCCUAUGUUGUUUGUGGAUCUAAGGAUACGACAAAUUCGAACGGAGAUGAUGAACCGAUGAACUCACCGAGAGAUACAGGCUCUAUUUUUUCAGGAAGACGUGCUCGAGCUAGCGCUAAGCGUCUUAGUUCUAUUACUCUUGAAGCCCCGAAGAAACAGACAAUACUAAAUCGGCUCAAUUCCACAAGAAAUGGUAUCAAUGUCUAUACCACGGCUCUUACUGUACUAUACUCUGUUUAUUGUAUAUGCUACCCAUUGAUCCAUGCUUCUGCCUCCAUUGAACUGAUGAGCCAGAUCUCUACUGUUAUUCUUUCCCUGCUCAUACUUGCAUUUGGUUACAGAUUAAUAGACAGAUUGGGUAAUACCCUUCUUUUGAAAAGCCCUUCUGAAUCGCUUGAGCAGCGCAUUAUUCGCAACAUCCAACAGCUUGAUGUGUAUCGACCAAACUACAGAAUAGAUGAAUUUCUCAUCUCAAAGGUCAACCACAAGAUUUUUAUUAUCGUACUGAAAAUGCAAAUGCCAGGUGCAUCUGAUGAUGACGAAGCCAAAUUCCGGUUUUACACAUCAAGAAUUAUUCGCAGUUUGAUGUACAGAUCACUAAAUGGAGAGCUUGACUUUCCCGAGCAGAAAGAGCCCGAUCGUAGAUAUUUAGUGGCUUUGCUGAACCUUGAUGCCUCUUUUGAUACGAUGGAUGGGUCCGGAGAACAGUUUGAACUUACUAUAGACAUUAAUCGGAUGUAA